CCGAAUGCAAGAUAUCGUGGUGGCAUGCUCAACUCGUCUUGAUUUCAUUCAUCUUAACGACUGUUAACAUUUGUAACGUUUUUAAUAGCAUAUUAUUUUAUUACACCAUGGUGUGCGCCUGGCUAGGGCUAUUCCCAUAGAAUAUAAUCCAUUCUAUGUCUAUGGCUAUUCAAACAGGGAGAACGCUGCCAGCGAUAGUCAAAUUGUUUGCUGAGCUGAGAUGAAAAUGUAGGAUGUGUCCCAGGAUUGAACGGUUUUGGUUAUGGCUAAACGGAUUCUAUUGCUCUACUCUGCUUAAACGCGCCUUCUGGCGUUUAAUUAUACUCCCCAUACAUGCCUGGAGAUUGAUCAUCCCAAAUUGUCCUCCUGAUCAUCCAGAACUCAUCUAGGACACCAGCGAGUACUACUGCGAGUACGACUCAACAUGGGAGGAUCCAACAAGUGAAGAAACAAGUCGUAAGAGAACCAACAAUGAUGAUAGGCGUAUGCCUAAUUUACAGUUCUACCUUGGACAGAGGGCCUCCUCCCCUGAUGGUAUCUACAUUGAGGACUUUCACAAUAACUGGUAUGGGAAAUAUUAAAAACUGGAAAGAGUUCACUCAUACAUACAAUGGUUGUUCCCUCUUAAAGAACGAGGAAUGAAUUAUCAAGCCAAAGAAAUCACCAAGAAGGAAAUUGAGGCUUUUCUUGAAGAUGAAACUGCAAAGAAGAGGCUGGUCAAGUCGUACCAGCUCAUGCUGGACUUCUACGGCAUCCAGCUGUCAAAUGACUCAACAGGGGAAGUACGACGUGCUAAUAACUGGCGUUACAGAUUUUACAACAUGGACAGACACACACACAACAACCUGCGCAUCACCCGCAUCCUGAAGUGCCUGGGCAUUCUGGGGUUCCCCAACUACCAGGCCCCACUCGUCCGCUUCUUCCUGGAGGAAACUAUUGUGAAAGGCAACCUGUACAAUGUGAAGGAGAGCGUGCUCAACUACUUCAUUUCCGCUGUCAUUGUUCAGCAACAACGCAAGGAAUUAGUUGAGUAUGCUUAUAAGCUCUAUGAGGUCAAACAUCAGUUUGUCGUGCCCUAAGAAGAUCAAGAGUACAUUUAGGGAAGGGACAUUCCCACAUAAUAAGAACCCAAUUGAUCUGAAACCAGAUCCGAAACAGAAUGGCAUAUACUCAGAUGACAGUGAUGACAACACUACCAGUCAUUAGUUUGUCUCACUAUGUUAACAAGGGUAAGCCAACGGAUAGGAGUGUAAUGGGAAAUUAUGUUAGUGACUUAGUGCGAUUGGGGACGCCAAACAAUGUGUGGUUGACACGGGUAUCCAUAACUCAUGAUAGCUUGCGUGGUCUAGCGACUAGUUACACUUAGAGAAACAAAGGUACCAGUCAGGCCUCAACGACUACUAGUGGAAGGAAUCAAAACACCAGUGCUGAUUCAUCCUCUGAGUGUUGACCAAUUAUGCAAAAGGAUUCUGCUCAGUCCAGUUAUGGAGUUUUUGGUAACGGGAGCUCUUUAACUAUCCACCUACUCUAGCGCCCCACUACUGAUUCUCUGAAAAUAAUAGCUAAUAAUUAAGCAAUCCGAAUGUGGACCUAGUGGUGUAGUUUCAGAGACAAUUACCGAUGAUCGGAGAAAGCGAGCUAGAAAUAAGCAAACAGAGCAUAACCUUAAACUUAGAAGAGCUUCAGAGGCAAAGACUAAUAAAGAUGAUGAUAGAAACAAUAAGGGAGCUGCAGAAAAGCAAGAAGAGAGUGAAUCAAGCAGAGAGGUUUCAGAGGACAAUAUUAGUAUGUCCAGUGAAAGUUAAUUGAGUAAGAAACCUGAAGAGAAACUGCCAUGCCUAGCAAAGGAACAUUUACUCCAGGGAAAGAUUGAGUGUUUGAGAUAAUGUGAAUAUUGAUUCGAGUAUUCACCCAUGCCCUGCACUAAUGAAGGGAGAAAUAACAAGUAUGACAUGAACCGGCGGGGGAGUGGGAGCCCGGCCCGGCGAACCG